CCCAUGAUGCACCGCGCCAGCCCAGUCCCCAGUGGGCCGCCAUGUUGUCGGAGUGAAAGGUAAGGGGGAGCGAGAGCGCUGGAGAGAGAAGAUCGGGGGGCUGAAAUCCAUCUUCAUCCUACCGCUCCGCCUGUGUUGGUGGAAUGAGCGUUGCAUGUGUCUUGAAGAGAAAAGCAGUGCUUUGGCAGGACUCUUUCAGCCCCCACCUGAAACAUCACCCUCAAGAACCAGCUAAUCCCAACAUGCCUGUUGUUUUGACAUCUGGAACAGGGUCGCAAGCGCAGCCACAACCAGCUGCAAAUCAGGCUCUUGCAGCUGGGACACACUCCAGCCCUGUCCCAGGAUCCAUAGGAGUUGCAGGCCGUUCCCAGGACGACGCUAUGGUGGACUACUUCUUUCAGAGGCAGCAUGGUGAGCAGCUUGGGGGAGGAGGAAGUGGUGGAGGCGGCUAUAAUAAUAGCAAACAUCGAUGGCCUACUGGGGAUAACAUUCAUGCAGAACAUCAGGUACGUUCUAUGGAUGAACUGAAUCAUGAUUUUCAAGCACUUGCUCUGGAGGGAAGAGCGAUGGGAGAGCAGCUCUUGCCAGGUAAAAAGUUUUGGGAAACAGAUGAAUCCAGCAAAGAUGGACCAAAAGGAAUAUUCCUGGGUGAUCAAUGGCGAGACAGUGCCUGGGGAACAUCAGAUCAUUCAGUUUCCCAGCCAAUCAUGGUGCAGAGAAGACCUGGUCAGAGUUUCCAUGUGAACAGUGAGGUCAAUUCUGUACUGUCCCCACGGUCGGAGAGUGGGGGACUAGGCGUUAGCAUGGUGGAGUAUGUGUUGAGCUCAUCCCCGGGCGAUUCCUGUCUAAGAAAAGGAGGAUUUGGCCCAAGGGAUGCAGACAGUGAUGAAAACGACAAAGGUGAAAAGAAGAACAAGGGUACGUUUGAUGGAGAUAAGCUAGGAGAUUUGAAGGAGGAGGGUGAUGUGAUGGACAAGACCAAUGGUUUACCAGUGCAGAAUGGGAUUGACGCAGACGUCAAAGAUUUUAGCCGUACCCCUGGUAAUUGCCAGAACUCUGCUAAUGAAGUGGAUCUUCUGGGUCCAAACCAGAAUGGUUCUGAGGGCUUAGCCCAGCUGACCAGCACCAAUGGUGCCAAGCCUGUGGAGGAUUUCUCCAACAUGGAGUCCCAGAGUGUCCCCUUGGACCCCAUGGAACAUGUGGGCAUGGAGCCUCUUCAGUUUGAUUAUUCAGGCACGCAGGUACCUGUGGACUCAGCAGCAGCAACUGUGGGACUUUUUGACUACAAUUCUCAACAACAGCUGUUCCAAAGACCUAACGCACUUGCUGUCCAGCAGUUGACAGCCGCUCAGCAACAGCAGUAUGCGCUGGCAGCCGCGCAUCAGCCCCACAUCGCAGGUUUAGCUCCCGCUGCGUUUGUCCCCAAUCCAUACAUCAUCAGUGCCGCGCCCCCAGGGACGGACCCCUACACAGCUGGAUUGGCUGCAGCAGCGACACUAGGCCCAGCUGUGGUCCCUCACCAGUAUUAUGGAGUUACUCCUUGGGGAGUCUACCCUGCCAGUCUUUUCCAGCAGCAAGCUGCUGCUGCCGCCGCAGCAACAAAUUCUGCUAAUCAGCAGACCACCCCACAGGCUCAGCAGGGGCAGCAGCAGGUUCUUCGAGGAGGAGCCAGCCAACGCCCUUUGACCCCAAAUCAGAACCAGCAGGGACAACAAACAGAUCCGCUAGUGGCAGCAGCAGCAGUGAAUUCUGCCCUUGCUUUUGGACAAGGUCUAGCUGCAGGCAUGCCAGGUUAUCCAGUCUUGGCUCCCGCUGCUUACUAUGACCAAACUGGUGCCCUUGUGGUGAAUGCAGGAGCGAGAAAUGGUCUUGGAGCUCCCGUUCGACUUGUAGCUCCUGCCCCAGUCAUCAUUAGUUCCUCAGCUGCACAAGCAGCUGUUGCAGCAGCUGCAGCUUCAGCAAAUGGAGCGGCCGGUGGUCUUGCUGGAACAACAAAUGGACCAUUUCGCCCUUUAGGAACCCAGCAGCCUCAGCCCCAGCCCCAGCAGCAGCCCAGUAACAACCUGGCAUCCAGUUCUUUCUAUGGCAACAACUCUCUGAGCAGCAAUUCACAGAGCAGCUCCCUCUUCUCCCAGGGCUCUGCCCAGCCUGCCAACACAUCCUUGGGAUUUGGAAGUAGCAGUUCUCUCGGCGCCACACUGGGAUCAGCCCUUGGAGGGUUUGGAACAGCAGGUAGAAAUCAGACUGAUGUGCUGUUGAAACUGAAUUUUAAUUAUUUUUACGAUCUUUAUGGAACACUGGCAAUGCAUGGAACCCUGGACAGAUACCACAGGCAGAUCUGGACCGAGCCCCAUGGGAACCCAGCCGUCCCACAUGUCUUUGAGAUGAUGGACUGUUCAAACCAAGUUAUACAUUUGGGGCCUAUUUCAGUUGCAAACUCCAACACUGGCAGUGGCUCCCGCCGUGACUCCCUGACUGGCAGCAGUGACCUUUAUAAGAGGACAUCGAGCAGCUUGACCCCCAUUGGACACAGUUUUUAUAACGGCCUUAGCUUUUCCUCCUCUCCUGGACCCGUGGGCAUGCCUCUCCCUAGUCAGGGACCAGGACAUUCACAGACACCACCUCCUUCCCUCUCUUCACACGGAUCCUCUUCAAGCUUAAACCUGGGAGGACUCACAAAUGGCAGUGGAAGAUACAUCUCUGCUGCUCCAGGCGCUGAAGCCAAGUACCGCAGUGCGAGCAGUGCCUCCAGCCUCUUCAGCCCCAGCAGCACCCUUUUUUCCUCCUCCCGUUUGCGAUAUGGAAUGUCUGAUGUCAUGCCCUCUGGCAGGAGCAGGCUUUUGGAAGAUUUUCGAAAUAACCGGUAUCCCAAUUUACAACUGCGGGAGAUUGCUGGGCAUAUAAUGGAGUUUUCCCAAGACCAGCAUGGGUCCAGAUUCAUUCAGCUGAAACUUGAGCGUGCCACACCAGCUGAGCGCCAGCUUGUCUUCAAUGAAAUCCUCCAGGCUGCUUACCAGCUUAUGGUGGAUGUAUUUGGAAAUUACGUCAUUCAGAAGUUCUUUGAAUUUGGCAGCCUUGAGCAGAAGCUGGCUUUGGCAGAACGGAUUCGAGGCCAUGUCCUGUCAUUGGCGCUACAGAUGUAUGGCUGCCGUGUUAUCCAGAAAGCUCUUGAGUUUAUUCCCUCAGACCAGCAGGUAAUUAAUGAGAUGGUUCGGGAACUAGAUGGCCACGUCCUAAAGUGUGUGAAAGACCAGAAUGGCAAUCAUGUGGUUCAAAAAUGCAUUGAAUGUGUGCAGCCCCAGUCUUUGCAAUUUAUCAUCGAUGCAUUUAAGGGACAGGUGUUUGCUUUGUCCACGCAUCCUUAUGGCUGCCGAGUGAUUCAGAGGAUCCUGGAGCACUGUCUCCCUGACCAGACACUCCCUAUUUUAGAGGAGCUUCACCAGCACACAGAGCAACUUGUACAGGAUCAAUAUGGGAAUUAUGUAAUCCAGCAUGUAUUGGAGCAUGGUCGUCCUGAGGAUAAAAGUAAAAUUGUAGCAGAAAUUCGAGGCAAUGUACUUGUAUUGAGUCAGCACAAAUUUGCAAGCAAUGUUGUGGAGAAGUGUGUCACUCACGCCUCCCGUACGGAGCGCGCUGUGCUUAUCGAUGAGGUGUGCACCAUGAAUGACGGUCCUCACAGUGCCUUAUACACCAUGAUGAAGGACCAGUACGCCAACUACGUGGUCCAGAAGAUGAUCGAUGUGGCAGAGCCAGCCCAGCGGAAGAUCGUCAUGCAUAAGAUCCGGCCCCACAUUGCGACUCUUCGCAAGUACACUUACGGCAAGCACAUUCUGGCCAAGCUGGAGAAGUACUACAUGAAGAACGGCGUCGACUUGGGGCCCAUCUGUGGCCCCCCCAAUGGUAUUAUCUGAGGCAGUGUCACCCCUGUCCCCUCGUUCCCACUGACCUCACUGGCCCACUGGUGAAUCCAACCAGCAACCAGAGAUGUUCUAAUGUAGAAUCUGAAAUGGGUAAAUGGUUGCUCCAGGAUUAUCCUCUCCUCCAAAAAAAGGAAUCAAAUCCACAAGUGGAAAGCCUUUGUAAAUUUGUUUAAUUUUAUUACGCAUAACAUGUACUAAUUAUUUUUUUUAAUUGACUAAUUGCCCUGUUGUUUUACUGGUGUAUAGGAUACUUGUACAUAGGUAACCAAUGUACAUGGGAGGCCACAUAUUUUGUUCAAUGUUGUAUCUAUAUUCCACAUGUGGAAACUUUCAGGGUGGUUGGUUUAACAAAAAAAAGUUUAAAAAAAAGAAAAAAAAAAGGUUUUUAACUCAUUUGCCUCGCCGGCAAGUUUUGCAAAUAGCUCUUCCCCACCUCCUCAUUUUAGUAAAAAACAAAAACAAACAAAAAAACCUGAGAAGUUUGAAUUUUAGUUAAAUGACCCCAAACUGGCAUUUAACAAUGUUUAUAAAAUAUAUAUAUAAAUAUAUAUAUAUAUAAAUAUAAAAUGAAAAUCAUUUCAGAGUUGCUAAAGCUUCAGUUUAUAACAUUAAGUUUAUGAAACUUCUAAAAAUUGCCUUUUUUGGAGCCUAUUAUGCCGAAGAAGAUAAUGUAGCCUGUUUUGUGAGGAGGAGAUGGGGGCGCCCUGAAUGCCUUUCAAGGCCGGGCGGGUGUAAUUGUUUACUGCCUACUGGAUUUUUUUCUGUUAACAUUGAAAGGCAAAAAUCUGAUUAUUUAGCAUGAGAAAAAAAAAAAAUCCAAUUCUGCUUUUGGUCUUGCUUCUAUAAAUAUAUAGUGUAUACUUGGUGUAGACUUUGCAUAUAUACAAAUUUGUAGUAUUUUCUUGUUUUGAUGUCUAAUCUGUAUCUAUAAUGUACCCUAGUAGUCGAACAUACUUUUGAUUGUACAAUUGUACAUUUGUAUACCUGUACUGUAAAUGUGGAGAAGUAUGAAUCAACAUAAACACGUUUUUUGGUAAGAAAAGAAAAUUAGCCAGCCCUGUGCAUUCAGUGUAUAUUCACACCUUUUAUGGUCGUAGCAUAUAGUGUUGUAUAUUGUAAAUUGUAAUUUCAACCAGAAGUAAAUUUUUUUUUUCUUUUGAAGGAAUAAAUGUUCUUUAUACAGCCUAGUUAACUUUUAAAAAGAAAAAAAUAGCUUGGUUUUAUUUGUCACCUAGUCAGAUAGUAGCAAGAUCCUUUCUAAAUGUUAUUCAAGAUGAUUCAGUUCACACUAGUGGGUUUUUUUUUUUUUUUUAAUCCUAAAAAAAGUAAUGUUUUGCUUAUUUUGUGACAGUCAAGAGGACGUGCAAAGUUGAGCCCUGCCCUAACUUUCCUUACAAUCAGAGCCCCUCUCACCUUGUAAAGUGUGAAUUGCCCUUCCUUUUUGUACAGAAGAUGAACUGUAUUUUGCAUUUUGUCUACUUGUAAGUGAAUGUAACAUACUGUCAAUUUUCCUUGUUUGAAUAUAGAAUUGUAACACUACACGGUGUACAUUUCCAGAGCCUUGUGUAUAUUUCCAAUGAACUUUUUUGCAAGCACACUUGUAACCAUAUGUGUAUAAUUAACAAACCUGUGUAUGCUUAUGCCUGGGCAACUAUUUUUUGUAACUCUUGUGUAGAUUGUCUCUAAACAAUGUGUGAUCUUUAUUUUGAAAAAUACAGAACUUUGGAAUCUGA